AUGACCAACGAGAGCAACCUUCAGGUGACGUUCUCAAAGCGUCGUAAAGGUUUGUUCAAAAAAGCGAGUGAGCUCUGUACCCGAACAGGGUCAGAGCUUGCUGUUGUGGUCUUUUCUCCCGGGAACAAAGUCUACACUUUCGGUUCCCCGAGCGUGGAUCAAGUCUUAGAAAAGUACGAGACUAAGGCUCCACACUUCAUCGCUCCGCAAGGCUCAACCAAUGAGCCACACCAGGCAAAUAGUAGCACUAAUACGCUUAGGCUUACUGAAGAGCUCAAUCCUCUGGAAGAUCACAUGGAUGCCAUAAAGAAAAAAAGCGAAAAACUCACACAGAUGGCGAGUGCCAAUCAUAAUCGUUAUUGGUGGAAAGCUCCCAUUGAAGAGCUUAGCGUGGAACAACUUGAGUACCUGAAGCUUGCUUAUGAAAAGCUGGACAGGAGGGUUCACAUUCAAGCACAAAAAGGAUUGCCUCUAAAUGCUAAUUUGUUUACCAAUUUCAACAUCCCGGGACCAAGUCAUCCCAAUAAUGCCUUUUUAGGUUAUGAAUCCCAACCACUACUACCCCCUCCAAACAUUCAUUACCCAGCUAUGCCUUCAGGAUCUAAUUAUGCGGGUCUAACCCUUUCAAAUGACAUCAUCUCAGUUAAUAAUGGAGCCUCAUUUGCUGCUAAUCAGGGACCACCUGGAUAUGGGGCUACCAAUUUAGAUCCAAAUGCACAAGUACCAUCUGGAUCCAGGGCAGCUUUUCCUUUUGAUGAUCCAAGUGCACCUGGUUGGUGGCCAUGA